AUGACAACCCGAAGCGAGCAAGCGUGCAAAGCCUGUAAAAGCAGAAGCGCCGUUGCGAUAAGGCUAUCCCAGAGUGUAGCUUAUCCCAGUGCUAGCGACUGGAGUAUGAUGCAGGCGCGUCUCAGUGAGCUGGAGAAUCGGCUGGCGAACUCUCCGAGGGCUGCCGAGCAGCACAUCUUGAGCCCAAUCUCAGGCCCGGCUUCGGGGUCAUUAUCGGAACAGGAAUCAACGCCAGGCGCGAUAUUCUGCGACAUCGACACGCAUAGCAUCGGGUCGAAUAGUGUCAACUCAUGGUCCCAACCUACCGGUUUCACGCCUGCCUACUCCACCGCUGAAUGUUCAGACUCAACAUCGGUGUCACGUUUUCCCGCAUCUAUGUUCCUCGAUAUUGAUUGCUAUGUAUGGUCUCAAGCGAAGCUGCCUGUCCCUUCCGGCGCCAUCCCUGCGCCCGUCCUCGCGCUGCUCAGCCAAGGCAACGUCGUUCUAGACGUAUCGCAGACCUAUUUUGCGACGAUUCAUACUUGGUUUCCCAUGAUAUCUAAGAAGAGGAUGGAUAUGGGUCUCCCAGUGCAGAAUGCAGGCCCUGAUCUUGCCAUGCUGUUUCUUGGAAUGAAGCUCAUUACGACUCCGGCUAUCGACAUCACCGACUCAACCUUGUAUGAUACAGCCAAAAGCUUCCUGGCGAGUUUGGAAAGUAACGGUGUCGUAUCGCUGCUCUGCCUUCAGGCUAUGAUACUCGUAGCCUUGUAUGAACAUGCUCAUGCAAUCUAUCCGGCAGCUUGGAUGACCGUCGGGUCGUGCGCGCGCUACGCUGAUAUCUUGGGCAUCACGCCUGGUGAUUAUUCUCCAUUGGGCCAAGUGACAACCUGGACAGAAGCCGAAGAGAGAAGGAGAGUGUGGUGGACUAUCUACAUCCUCGACAAACUCGUGUCACUGGGAAGCAGAAAGCGUUGCUUACUUCCCAAUAUCUACCCCCAGUGUAAACUGCCUGUCGAUGAUGACGCAUGGGACCGGGGAGAAGUAAACGUGGCCGUCAGUCACUCAACCUCAAUAUCAUAUCAGAUUCAACAAUCUCCAUUCGCAAGACUAUGCCAAGCCUCGAUGUAUCUCGGACGCGCCAUAAGCUACGCCCGGGAUAAUUCCGCCAUGACAACGUCUCGUGCUGAAGAAAUCAUGUCUUUGGCAAACGAGCUGUCAGACUUCGGGGCAACAGUGGAUAAUGAGGCUACGGCCCUUGGCCCCGAAAAAAGAAUCAUACUACUCGCACCACGAUGCAUUGCCUGCUCAGCGCUCUUUGUCGCCCUCGACCGUUUCACUUGCCCCGAGAAGAUCAGUGCAGAGCCCGGGUAUGAAGUUAGUCCAGAGGACAAGACACAGAAUGAGAUUGAGCUGCAAAGACAGUCUAUGCAUAUCAUAGAACAGGUCAGCGAACAGCUACACACUCUGGGUAUGGACCUGCUACCCGCUUUCAGAACGGACGGAAUAUCCUCGCUGUCUGGAGUAAGCCCUUUCAUGCUGGAUUCUAUCUACGCAAGUGCAGCGACAUUUCACUGGCUUCUUGGCGAGGGCGGAAAUGAAGUUUAUCGCACGGCUGCAGCUGAUUUGGGCAUGCUUUUGGAUACUAUGAGCUCGAGGUGGCGGCUUGGAAGCACGUACCGCGAGAUGUUGACGGUCCACGACGUCACAGCAAGGGUAGAAGCUAGGACCACAUUAUAA